UGCAAGAUAAAACAGACGAAAGUUCAGCUGAGCAGGAGUCAUUCUCAAGACAGCCACUGUGAGCCAAGAAAUCGUCUGUGUUGUAAUCUAAGAUGAAUACUGCAGUCCUGUUCAUCGCUGCCUGUGCAGUCGCUGUCUGCACGUGUGAGGAUGAAGCACAUUCUCGCGAGAAGAGAAAUGCCUUUCAGUUUGGCAGGAUGAUCAGAAGUCGUACAGGAAGAUCUGCCCUGGAUUAUAACGGUUAUGGUUGUUGGUGUGGUCUGGGAGGAAGAGGAACACCUAAAGAUGGAGUGGACAGAUGCUGCCAGGCGCAUGACCGCUGUUACGAUAGACUUAUCAACAGUGGAUGUCGAAAUCCAGUGUUGAACGCCUACAGCUACACUCUAAGCGGAGGAAUCGUUUGCAAUCGCAGUAGAAAUGACCGCUGUGAACAGGGAGGCUGCGAAUGUGACAGAACAGCGGCGUAUUGCUUCGCCAGGAACCGGUAUAACAGUGUGUACAAGAACUGGAGAGGAAGUUGUUAGAUGGUUGGCCGCGUCUCUCGUCUGCAGUUAAAUGUUAAAUCAAGUAUUUAACAAAAAGAUUUUAUACCAGACGUCUGUUAAGAGACGUAUCCCAAAUAUGUACCUUUCAAAUUAAAAAAAUAUUUAAAGGAGAAUUAUUAUAUACGAACAGUAACACAGACACAUAUUUGAAAUUGAUUCUUUUUAGCAUACCAGUUUAAAAUUGUCAAGUUUGCAGCUAUGUACUUUUGAAAAAUACCCAAAGAAAAGGAAUUAGUUAAAAAAUCUGAUGGAAUCAUAUUGCAAUUGUAAUAAACUGCAACUUGUUUUUA